AUGAACGCCUCCUGCCACCCGCCCUCUGCCCACCCCACGCUGCCCAACAGCUCAGAGCCCCCGGCAGCCCCCGCCUUCAGCAACCAGAGCAGUGGCCGGUUCUGCCAGCAGGUCUUCAUCAAGCCCGAGGUCUUCCUGGCUCUGGGCAUCGUCAGCCUUCUGGAGAACAUCCUGGUGGUCCUGGCGGUGGUGCGGAACGGAAACCUGCACUCGCCCAUGUACUUCUUCCUCUGCAGCCUGGCGGUGGCCGACAUGCUGGUGAGCGUGUCCAACGCGCUGGAGACCAUCAUGAUCGCCGUGGUCAACGGCGCCUACCUCACCCUGGAGGACCAGUUCAUCCAGCACAUGGACAACGUCUUCGACUCCAUGAUCUGCAUCUCCCUGGUGGCCUCCAUCUGCAACCUGCUGGCCAUCGCCGUGGACAGGUACGUCACCAUCUUCUACGCCCUCCGCUACCACAGCAUCAUGACGGUGAGGAAGGCCCUGGCCUUGAUCGCGGCCAUCUGGGCCGGCUGCGGCGUCUGCGGCGUGGUGUUCAUCGUCUACUCGGACAGCAAGACGGUCAUCGUGUGUCUGGUCACCAUGUUCUUCGCCAUGCUGCUCCUCAUGGGCACCCUGUACGUGCACAUGCUCCUCUUCGCCCGGCUGCACGCGCAGCGCAUCGCCGCCCUGCCCCCCGCCGACGGCGCCCCGCCCCGGCACUCCUGCCUGAAGGGCGCCGUCACCAUCACCAUCCUGCUGGGCGUCUUCGUCUUCUGCUGGACCCCCUUCUUCCUGCACCUCAUCCUCAUCAUCACCUGCCCCACCAACCCGCACUGUGUCUGCUACGCCGCCCACUUCAACACCUACCUGGUGCUCAUCAUGUGCAACUCGGUCAUCGACCCCCUCAUCUACGCCUUCCGGAGCCCCGAGCUGCGCAACACCUUCCGGGAGCUGCUGUGCGGCUGCGGCGGCGUGAGCCUGGGCUAG